GAAGAAAUGGGAAGUCGAAGGGAAAGUUGGCCCGUGCAGGGAGAAGUUAUGGAGAGCUUCACAGAGGCAGCUUUGCCAGCUCUUGAGCGAUGGAUCGCCCCAGCUACCUGGAAGAGGACUAUUCUAGCCUGGAUGGGCUGGACGAUGACGUGUUUCACUCUGAUGACUUUGGACUUGCAGGUCAGCCUGGUGAGAUGACUGCAACAGGCAUUUUCACACAGAACCAGUCCUACAGCUGCCUUCUGGGGAGGUUUCAACUAUUUCCCCUCACACACUGCUGUGGUCCCGGUGUCAGGCAUCCCGAGCAGCAGGACAAGGCAACUCAAACACUCAGCCCGUCCUCUUCCAGUCAGGAUGUUAUGUUGCCUUGUGGAGUCACUGAAGAGCCCCGGAGACUCUUCUAUGGGAAUGCUGGUUACCGUUUACACGUCCCUCCAGUUGGCUUUGCAUUGGAUCGACACCUCCAAGAGGAGCCUCAGGAAGGUCAGCAGGAGGCGCGUGCUGAGGUGCAGAUUGCACGGAAGUUGCAGUGCAUUGCAGACCAGUUCCACCGGCUCCACAUACAGAGGGUAGGGUGUUUCCAAAGGGGAAGGUGGGGGCUUACUUAUCCAGGAGUGGUGCUCCUGAAGCCUGGCUCCAGGCAUCAGCCAAGCAGGCUGCUGCCUAAGGCAGCAGACUGCCAGCAGUGAUGAAAGCCGUGGUAUCCCUAUGUAUUUUGCUUAUGCUUGUUUGGUGGCUCUUUGUAAAGAUUGGCAGGUGGAGAGAGGAGCGUGUGUGGGAUUGCAUUUGCUGCUUGGGAAGGUUGCUGUUGCUAUUCCAGCUCUUCUGGUUCAUCAUCAGCAGGGUCACUGGUACUUUCUCCAGCAGUCUCCUCCUUGCUUUUUAUUACAGCUUUCACUGUUUUCCUCUACCCUCCUCACCACCAGCAUUGUCUCUUCUGUGGCACAGCUGGCUGGCUGUGGCUUAUAUCAGUUCCUCAUCUUGGAGAUGACAACAAGCCCAGAGUCUGUUUUGACACUCCUUGUUGUUUAGGGAUAGUUGUCUCACGUGUUGCAGAGUGUAUUUAGAUUGUGCGAGACUUGCUAGCAGCUCCUCUGUGAGACAGUCCUAGCUAGUGUCUCAGACUUGUGACUAACUUCCUCACAACAAAAGACAGCUGUAAGAUGCCAUCGGGUCUGAAA